AUGGCUUCAGCAAGUGGCCAGGGAACGUUUCAGAGCACAUCUGACGGUAGCAGCGCACUGCUCUUCAGAGAUGCGCACUCAACGGGGAGCACACAAGACGCCGCAUCAGGAGCCUUGCCGACGGGACCGUCAAGAAUGGAUGACUUCAAUCCCGGUCCGAGAUGGGGGCAUACAGCCGCUUAUCUACCUUCUGCCAAGUCAAUCAUCUUCAUCGGUGGCCAAGUGCCCUCGAAUAGCAGCGAGAAAGCUGGCAUGGUCACUAACGACGUGUUCGCUCUCGACGUCUCGCAACUCGUCGCUGCAAACGUCUCGGCGGCGCAGCAAGGAAGUCGCAGUGGCGACAAGGGCGACGAGCACUGGACGCUCCUAAACUCUGCGAACUUGCCUCCGCAUGCAUUUGCAGCGCGUGCCUUGACACACAAGGCCAAUCAAGAAAAUGGUCAGAUUUGGUUGGUGGGCGGGGCAACAGACGAUUGCACUGGCAACGCUCCAGUCUAUCGAUGGUCCACCUCAACAUCCAAUUUGACCGACGGCAAGUGGGACGCCUUGCAUGAUCUGCCAAACAAUUUGAAUGUCUCAACGCCGGUGCGCAGACGUGGAGCACGUGCAGUACAAGUGCCAAACGAGCUGGGCUUGCAGAACAUGCAGGACGAGAAGAAGGCACGCCAAACUGGUGCAAUCACCUUCAUGGUUGUCGGUGGCACUACGGACGGCAGCACCUGUGCACCCGUGGCAUCCAGCAGCCGAGGAACGGCAGACUACUUUGGCGUCGAUUUUUGGUCAGCGCUUCCCUCUGCUUCUGCAAAGGGCGGCGCGAUUUCUACUCGAUCGCUAGCUCUGGACAAUCGCAUGAGUGGCUUUCCCGUCGUAGAUUAUGCUACUGUUCUAUUACCAGCCAACAGCGUGACUAAGAGCAACGCUAGAGUCCUUUUCCUAGGCGGGAGGGAUAGUCAUCAGUCGCUGGUCGACAUGAAUCACGUCUGGGCUUUGGAUUUGGCAACAGGGAAGUGGGAGCGCUGGAUAACAACAGCUUCUGUGGAUGCUCAAGACAUGCCAGCUGGUCGUCUCGGGCACACGGCGAGCCGCACGUCAGAUGGCAAGAUCAUCAUGCACGGCGGAUUCCUCUCCACGGCAGCAUCUGGCGUUCACAGAAAUGCCACGGAUGAAGUUUUCGUGCUCGACCCAACCGUGACGCCCGCCAGAUGGAGUCGCGUGUCCGGCAUGAGCGGCAAAAUGCCUCCUCGCGCCUUCCAUACUGCGAUCUGGGCUGACAAAGUUCUGGUCAUUGGCUUUGGACAAGAGUCGGAAGGUACGUCGGCGGUAGAUCAAGCCUUGUCAACACGAGCCCAAUCGAACACGCAAACACGUGCUUCUUCUGGUCUUUUGUACUACCUCGACACAGCAGCGCCUGGUGGUUGGAGGUGGAGCAGCAGCAUUGCAGAGGUCUUGUCUAAUCGUCAAAGCUUUGCGACCGAUCCAGACACAAGCCCUCAAUCAGAAGCUCAGCAAACCUCAAACGGCGAAGCGUCCAAGGGCGCGAUCUUGGGCGACCAUCAAACAGGCGCCGGGGCAGCGAAAGAUCAUUUGAUGCCGCAGUCGAAUCCACUGCCCAAUGUCGGGACGCAGCACAUCAUUUCGGGUCUCGGCAAUGGGGAAAAUUCAGCCCACGCCGACACAGCUCCGAACGUGAUUGCUCCUUCUUCCCCAUCCUCAUCUCUUUCGCAGCCUGGCAAGAGUGGAGUGAUUGCCGGUAGCGUUCUCGGUGCCGCCGCUCUGGUAGCUGCCUUCGCUGGUGUGUAUGCAGCUCGGACUCGCAAGCGUCGGCGACUGGAAGAGAAGGAUGCGCUGCAGAGCUACUACGCUCGUGAUGUUGUAUCUCCGGUCGACACGCUCGCUGACCGUGGCCCGCCCGUGUCGUCUUUGUGGAUCAAUCAGCCAAAGACGUGGGCUAAUAGCGCUAGCAGGGGCUUGAAACGCCACGCCAGUAAUGCCAGUAACGCCAUCUUCAAUCGAGGAAGAAGGGACGACCAAACUGACCGGGACGUCGACGAAGAGAAGAGCACAUAUACGUCUCACAUGCAAGGUCCGGGGGCCGUUGGUGCGUUCAAAAUCAAACGCAAGGCCCCGCCGCGCGUCAGAUCAAGCAUGCGUCGUCAACAAGAAGCAGUCAGAGCGGUACUAGGCGAUCCUCCUCAUGCCUCGAGCUUUGAAGCGAGCAGAGCUGGCUUGCCAGAAGCUUUUAUCGAGGCUUUAGGGGCUGAUCUUGACGAUGCUGGGGCGCCAGCGAGCGUGCAGCGUACCAUCCGUGGCGGCAGGCGCGCCCACCACGACCUGAGGGACUCACGAGGUGCGGAGGGGGAGGAGUUGCGCGAAUACUUGGAUGUUCCCGACAUGGGUCAGCCAUUGGAGCGCAUGAUGACGCGUGCUCCUUCGAGCGAAAGUCUGGGAAGCGUGGGGACGGCUAGUCACUUUAGUUACCCCUACCUUGCAGCGAUGCAUCGACCAAGCAUGGCUACAAUGUGCUCUCCGGGACAAGCAACACUCGACCUCGGAAGCAGUCCCGCUCGGACCCGCACGAGUCCAGCUUUGCGGACCUUGGAGCUUCCCAAUGCUAUGCGGCAGCAUAGGAUUCGGAGGCAUCAAGCCCCAUACGCUGCUGCUGCUUUGCGCGAGUAUGGCAGCAAGUGUCCUCCCACACCCGUUCGUGUCAGCAGCCGACAAGAGACGCCAGCUUGGUGGAAGGAGAUGAUGACUAGUCCGGAAAGGAAAGGAAUGCUUUGGUCGCCGACGCUUUUGUCUCCGAAAACUUCGCUGCGACGGGGAAAUCGGGAGCCCAGCGAUGAGGGUACCGAGGAGAUGCUGGUCAACGCCGCGGAGAUGGAUGGCGCGACGAGUCCUACCAUCACAGACUUUGCCAUGGACGUCGCUGCGCAAGAGGAUGGCAGGCGUCGAAGAAGCAUGAGCUCGCCUUUGUUUCCCUGGGAAGAGAAUGUCAACGUCGGAGGCACUACCUUGAGAGCAUCUUCGCCUGUGCCGUUCCAUCACCUACCAACCAGACCCGCUAGCGCGCUGAUGAAGACGGAGCUAGUCGGCACCAAGCAACCUCUGUCUGCCAUCGGCCCGAAUGCCGAGGUAGAAGCUACCCUCGAUGCUCAGCGCAGGCGCUCCCAGCACGCAUCGCGUCGAAAGGCUCGCAAGUCCACUCUCCGCGUCAUGAACGCCGUCGUGCGCCCUUCGAGCUCCGAAGAAUGCGCCGAAAGGACUCCAACGCUCCACUGA